UGCUGCUGCUUCUGCUUGCUGAGAGAAAGAAAGACCAACGCAGCGAAACACAAGGCAGGCUGCUAGCAGAGCGGGCAGCAUGGCGGGGCUACAAGACUUCCACCAAGGCAGCCACUGUCACAGGAAAACGUGGAUCAAUAUACUACUAGGAAUACUACAGUUACUUUUACCCUGCGUCCAGCACGGAGGUGCUCAGCUCCAAGCUCUGAGUCAGAUGUCACCCAGCGUGGUCGAGGUCUGGCAACCAGAGGAUGCAGAGCCAUUAGUCCCGCUUCAGGUGGAGAAGGAGCGAAGAAAAGAGGGUCUUCCACUCGAGGGCAGCUCCUCCCCGUAUAUGCAGGAGAAUGGGAAGGCUUUGCAUUUUCAGCCUCCAGUGUUAGAGUUUGGGACCCAGCCGCUGGGGCUGCCAAGAGCUGAAACCAUAUAUAUACACAACCCCAGUCAGGAAGUUCCUGUCACACUGCUGUCAAUGUUUACAUCCAGCAGGCAUUUUUACAUACCUUCCUUUCACAGAAGAGUGAUCCCUCCUAGGGGGAAGGCAUCUUUUAAACUAAUUUUCCUCCCGUCUGAGGAGGGCAAUAUAGAAAACACAUUAUUUAUAAACACAUCGGCCCAUGGGCUGCUGUCAUACCAGGUAUUUGGUGUGGGAGAAGACCAGGGAUCGUUAAAAUCUGUCCAAAGAAAGGAUAGUGUGCUAAUAUUCCCUCACAUCCAGAGCAUUAAGCUGACCCAAACUCAGGAAGAUGCCUCCAACAUCACUAUACUGGGUCUACUCCUGGAGUGCAGCUUACCGAAGAGUUGGAACAGUCCACAGGGGUCCUGCCUCCAAAGCGAGGAGCGUCUCAGUCUGCAGAUUAAUCUGUCGGCGCGUGGUGACCAGCCUGCUGACCUGGACAAGCUCAAGCCCUAUGUCAUUGAGCACAUUUUGGUCCUACUGGUGGCCCCUGCUGCUGAACAGGAUGCAUUCGGGGAAUCAAAAAUAAGAGUUUAUAUGUUAAAUUCUGGAGGGAAGAAGCUCUAUAUAAAGGACAUGCAGGUGCUAUCAAAAGUAGAGGCUAGCUUGGACUUUAAUCAGGUUCUUCUGACACCAGAAGCAAAAAACUUCACUGAAGUGGCUACACUGGCCUGCAGAGGCUCAUUGCCUGGCCUCGACCAGAAAUGUAUAAGUCAUAUCAGUUUGAAAAUUAUGGGAAACAGGACAGCCUACAGCUUCCCUGGACUACAUGUUCCACACAGAUGGCCUGUUGGGGAUUUGUUCAGCCUGUUCCAGAUGAAACAAAGAGCUGCUAACCAGGUGGACUUGUGGCUCACCAACCCCUUCCCUGUGCCUCUCAUUGUGUUGAAUGCAAGCGUCUCAGAGAAGCUGCAGGGGGUAAUGAAGGUGAUGCACUUCAACACUCCACUGACAGUUCCUCAGGGCUGCUGGCACGUCCUGUCCCUCCAGCUGCUCAGCAGGGCCCUGCCUGUUAACCAGGUCUCCACCCUGAGUCUGAAUACCAGCCUGGGCACAGCACUGCAAGUUCCACUGUACUUCUAUCCUAAUCCUUCCAAGGGAGAGGUGGUGUUUGAGGCGGAAAGAGAGUGUGGACGUCCUUGUCCUCUUAGACUAUCUGAAACAGGUCGCUCAGAGUGGCAACACUCUCUUCUUCCAGAUUUUUCCCACUCGUCUUGGGCUGUGGACAGCAAACUAGCAGCUGAACUCUGCUCUCGAUGGCAGAGCCACAAAGACAAGCUGCCUUGCAGGUGGCCGAGACUCCCAGUGGAGGCAUCGUCUCUUCUGGACUUUGGUGCUACUCCUGUCAAUGAGAGCAAGGUUAAGACGUUCAUGCUGAAGAACCCUUCGUCUUCAGUGGUUUCUGUAGAGAUUCGGGCCCUCUCUCUGUACCCUGCUCCCCUGGAGGCUCUGGACCUUCUAACCAAAUGGUUUAAUAUCAGCCCUCUCUCUGUUAACAUCAGCACAACAGAGUUCUCUCUGUUGGCUUCUUCCUCCAAGGUGGGUAAGAAUAUGGAAGAAAAAACCGGAGUCUUACGUCUGCUGCUGCAGCCCUGGGAGUCCAGAGAGGUUGCUGUGGUUUUUACUCCCUCUGAACACAAACCCACCACCACCAUUCUUAUCAUCAGGAACAACCUGACGGUGUUUGACAUGGUGAUGGUGCAGGGCCACGGGGCUAAAGAGCUGCUAACAGUCGGGGGGAAACUGCCCGGUCCUGGGGCCUCUUUACGCUUUAAUGUUCCUCAGUCAACGCUAAUGGAGUGUCGUGAUGGUCUGCGCAGCAAUAAGCCCCUUUUUGCCAUCAGAAAGAGCUUCAAGGUGGAGAAUGCCGGCGAGCUUCCCCUGACGGUCAUGUCAAUGAAUAUAAAUGGUUACAAGUGUCAGGGAUUUGGCUUCGAGGUGCUGCAGUGUCAUUCCUUCAGCCUCGAUCACAACAGCUCCUCUGAGCUCACCAUAGCGUUUACCCCAGACUUCACCUCAUCCUGGGUCAUUCGGGACCUCACCCUUGUGACAUCACGUGGCACUUCUUUCCCUUUUACCCUCAACGUGACGCUUCCCCAUCACAUGUUGCCCCUCUGUGCCCAGGUGGUUCCUGGCCCCAGCUGGGAGGAAACUUUCUGGGUGGUCACCCUCAUCUUCACAUGUUUCUCCUUGUUUGGUGUGUGCCUGAUGGCCUUUUAUCAAGCACAGUUUAUCCUGCAUGAGUUCUCUGCACCGAGCAGCAGGAGCAACCACAACUCUGUCUUGUCCCGGGAAAAUGGUUCAGUCAGUAAUAUCACACCUAAUGGAGUACAUAAAACAAAAGGCAGUUGUAAGACCUACGUGGACACCUGCCACACAUCCGACAAAGGUAAAGGCCGCGGGUCUCCAGCCUUAGCCAACAGCCUCGCCCCUCGACCUCAGUCCUCAAAGAAGGGCUCCUCAACCACACCCUCCCAACAACAGAAGAAAUGCAAGGUUUCACUCUAUUACUCCAAAUAUAAACCCAGCUCAUCCACAGCAUCAGCUGGUGCUGUGACAGUGGACGAAGAGCUGGAAGACCUAAGACCAGACCCUCCCCUCACUCCCGACACCGACGUCUGCAACAACAACAACGAGCCAGCUUUCAUCAAUGAGAUGGAGAAGAUGACAGCCCCAGACUUUAAAGAAGUCGUAGAAGAUACAAUGCCAGCAGCGGUUAUGUUUCCCAUGGAAAUACCUGCUGGUUUCCCAGAUAAUGUCACACUGGGUCCAGGACCCAGACCGGGCCUGUUAGUGUGCAGUCCCAUAGAAAACACUGAGCACUAUGCAGAGAAGAUGGAGUCUGAGAAAAGGGACAGUUCUGAAGUCGAGCUGAGAGACGACUGCAAAGGACAGAAAAAGAAAGCGCAGAGCACAGAGUCUGGCACUGCAGCAGGGAAUAAUAAGGGAAAGAGGAGCCGCAGGAAGACUGAAAAUGUCUCCAGCGCUCCCGAGCACAACAUGCAAGUAACACCAGAGAGGGAGAAGGAACCUGUUUGGAAAACUGCGGACUUUGUCAGUGGACCCCGCAGCAGGAACCGCUCCACCAACAGCUUCAAGACAGAAGCACUGAAGCCUGUGCAGACUGCUGAGAGCCCACUCAAACAGAACGGUGUGUGUCCUGCUCGCACUCGGAAGAAGUGUACUCCAGAGUGGCGCGUGGGCAGCGUCUGCGAAUCAGGCUCAGACUCGGGCAGCUCAUCGGGCAGCGUGAGGGCCAGCAGAGGGAGCUGGGGCAGCUGUAGCAGCACCAGCAGCAUGGAGGGAGACAAGGACGCCAGUGCCCGGACACACCGCUCCACUACCUCAUCUAGAAAAAGGGACUCCAUGCAGUACAGUGUGUACCCAAAAGAGGUUGACAGCUACCAGCCCAUUAAUGCCAACUAUAAGACUAAAAGCAUGAACAGCCUGUACCAUAAAGACCAAUGCCAAAGCCAAGAGUCCACCAGGCCCAGCUUGACCUCAAGCUUUGCUGCUGCUGUUGCUGCAGGAACGGACCAGAACACGGAUGUGACAGGUCAGUAUCUGCCUGAAGAUACGUGGUCAGCUCCACCCAUCCCCCUCACCAGUGAGUUCAGAUACAACACCACCGAAGCAAUGCGCUACAUACCACCAACCACCGCGUCAUUCCGCGGGUUACGUUGGAAUAGUGCCAGCAGCCACUGUAACAGUUCCUAUAACUACUAUCCGGAAAAUGGCUACAUAGGUAAUGGAACUUUUACAAGUGGUUUUCACAGUCAGGAGGGCCAGAACAUGCACAGCAAUCAGACCAUCUGGAGUGACGAGCAGCCUCAGGAAUCGCCCUCGACCUGGGACACAGCAGCCUGUGUGGGCAGCAAGCCAUACUUCUCGGGUACCCGCAGUCUCUCCCCCAUGUCCAGCCUGUUUGGAUCCAUCUGGACACCCCAGAUCGAGCCCUACCCGAGCCACUUCCAGCCCGAGCGAUCGGCCCCGGUGUCCCCCAUCACCCCGCCUCACUCCCCCUUUACUCGGGAGCCAGUGGGGGCCUGCGGACCGCUGCAGUACUCCAGCUUCAACCCUUUCGGCCCGCACAUGAACUUGGACAUAUGGAACUCUUCAUCCAACCGCAGCUCCAACUCGCAGCUCUCCAACGACUCCGGCUACUGUGGAGAUGUUUAAAACAAGUAAAUACAGCAGAGCUUAACUAUAAUUGGAAACUUAUAAGUCAAGAAAAGGAAAUAAAAAAAGAAUGUUCUUUUAUCAUUGAUGGGGAAAAUGUGAAUAUUGUUUUUCUUUUAUGUUCCCAUUUUCAGAUGUUAUAUGUUGUGAAAGGUUAAGCAUUUGUUGUAUAUUUUUCUAGCUGUUUUGCAGUUUUGAUCAU